AUGCCUUGGAAAGCACCCAUUCACCACUUCUCCUAUCGCUACCUCAUCAUUCCCCCAAUCCUCCUCGCCCUAGCAACAAUAAUCGCCUUGUUCAUCCACUCCGACGUCAACGCCGCACUCCUCUGGUCGCAAUGUCACUCCCGCGCGCGUCUCCCAGGCCUAAGCCGCAUUCCAGGAAUUGGGACACCUCUGUGUUACGUCGUGAGCUUCUUUCGCGCCGCGAUGCACUCGGUCCGCAGCUCGGCCGUCAUGGCUGUUGUGCUCGCGUUUGUGGGCGGUUUGUUGACCGUCAGCUCUGUUGAGGCGGCGAGGAUAUGUAAUGCGCCGAAUGUGCUUAUUGCAUAUCCUACGGGUCCGUGGCUUGUUUUUGAUCUUGUGGGUGGUGCUGUUGUUUGGGAGCUUGUUAUUAUUCCGGCGUUUUUGCAUCGCGCGAGGAGCGUCAUUGUUGAGCAGGAGAGGCGAGAUGAAGAUGGCGAAUCUCGCGAUGUUACGAGUCGGCAUCUUCCUGACAGUGAACUCGUGGCGAUUCCCGUUAGUGUCGCACUCGGAUACUUUCUACCGUCUCUCUUCAUGUUCUUCUUCACAUCCCCCGUCUCUAUCGGCAUCUGGCUCUUCUUCCCCAUCUACGUAUCCCUCAUCCGCCAGGCCACGCGCAAGAUCGUCAACCUCGUCAAGAGAGCCGACCCCACAACCAUUCAUCUCGCGUCAAGCCGACUCUCGCUAAUCUUUGUCUACGCCCUCCCCGUCGUCUGCUCCAUCCUGGCUCACAUCCUCGUCAUCUGGAGCCUCACUCUUCCCGAUGACCGCAAGGAGAUGACAAAGUCGACCAUUGUGUUUAUCGAGGUCGACACCCAGUUCAUCUUUUGGACUGUUUUGUACUGGAUGCUUGUCGAAGUUGGAUGGAAGGUUCCUUUGACUACGCUCGUCACGGCCAUUUUGGUUGGACCCGGUGCUGGAACUUGCAUUGGUUGGAUUUAUCGAGAGAAACUCAUUCAUGAUCACGAGGAGGCUUCUGAGGAUGCUGAGCCUGCUGAUGAAGAGACGCCUUUGUUGCAAUAA